UCACCUAACAGUCUCAUUACUCAUUUCUUAGUUGGUUGAUUCAGUGGUGUGAUUCGUAGCAAAUGAUGAUCUUCUUCUGUACACUUUAGCUCAAUAAUUUUAUCUAUCAAUUUAACAAUGUUAUCUCUAAAAUGCAAUCCAAAUCCUUCAUUUUUACACUCAUUAGCUCCAUUUAAACCGGUAACUGCCCCCAAAACCCAAACCCUAAAACCCUCAAAAUCCACCCACUCAAAUUCCUCCAUACAAUCCGUCCUCCAAUGGAAUCGGAAGCCCGAAUUAGCCGGAGAAACGCCGCGUGUUGUCGUCAUCACAUCCGGAAAAGGCGGAGUUGGUAAGACAACCACCACCGCUAAUGUCGGACUCUCAUUAGCUCGCUUAGGUUUUUCUGUUGUAGCUAUUGACGCCGAUGUCGGUCUUCGGAACCUCGACCUUCUCCUCGGACUCGAGAAUCGCGUCAAUUACACGCUCGUCGAAGUUAUGAACGGCGACUGCCGUCUAGAUCAGGCCUUGGUACGCGAUAAACGGUGGUCGAAUUUCGAGCUCCUGUGUAUCUCAAAACCUCGCUCGAAGCUUCCGUUAGGGUUUGGUGGUAAAGCUUUAGUUUGGCUUGUUGAUGCGUUAAAAAGCAGACCUGAAGGUUCUCCUGAUUUUAUAAUUGUAGAUUGUCCGGCUGGAAUUGAUGCAGGGUUUAUCACGGCUAUAACUCCGGCUAAUGAGGCUGUGCUCGUUACUACGCCUGAUAUAACUAGUCUGCGUGACGCGGAUAGAGUGACGGGGCUUUUGGAGUGUGAUGGAAUUCGGGAUAUAAAGAUGAUUGUGAAUAGAGUGAGGACGGAUAUGAUUAAAGGCGAGGAUAUGAUGUCCGUGCUCGAUGUGCAGGAGAUGUUAGGAUUGUCGUUGUUGGGAGUGAUUCCUGAGGAUUCUGAGGUGAUUAGGAGUACUAAUAGAGGGUACCCGCUUGUGCUGAAUAAGCCGCCUACAUUGGCUGGAUUGGCGUUCGAGCAAGCUGCAUGGAGGCUUGUCGAACAGGAUACGAUGCAGGCUGUUAUGGUGGAAGAGGAACCUAAAAAACGCGGGUUUUUCUCCUUUUUUGGAGGAUAGGAAUUGUUCACUGUUUGAUUCGGGCGAUGCUGAAUUUUUGUGACAAUGGAGGCUUUAAGUUGUAGAAGCAGUAUCUACUUAUUUACUGGUGAAAAGGGAGCCGGAAGCUGUGUAUAGAGGGUUAGUAAUGCUUGUGUUUUGAUUCUUUUAAAUUAUUUGAAAGUUUUUGGAUAGAAACAUUUCUAGUGUUAGCAUUUGGAAUGGUAAACUGCUAGCCUAUGCUGUUGAUUACAGUUUUGUUUUGUA